CUUUUUUGUUGUUGUUGUGUACAGAAUAUAAUAUGGAUACCUUUGAAUACCUUGAGAAGACGCUGUCUGAAAGAAUUAUGUUCCUUGACGGUGCUAUGGGGACAAUGGUUCAACGACUAAAACUUGAAGAAGCAGACUUUCGAGGUCAAGAAUUCAUUGAUUGGAAAACAGACUUGAGAGGAAAUAACGAUCUGUUGACCUUGACCAAGCCAGACGCUAUUUACACUAUCCAUCGUCAAUACCUCGAAGCUGGAGCUGAUAUGAUCGAAACCAACACGUUCAGUUCUACUUCAAUUGCUCAAUUAGAUUAUAGUCUAGAGAAAUACGCUUAUAGAUUAAACAAGGAAGGUGCAGCCCUUGCAAAAAAAGCAUGUGAAGAUGUCACCAAGGAAACCGGUAUUCGGCGACUUGUCUGUGGUGCUAUCGGUCCCACAAAUCGUACCUGUUCCAUUUCGCCUUCAGUUGAAAAUCCCGCUUACAGAAACGUUACGUUUGAUGAACUCGUUACUGCCUAUGCUGAACAAGUACGAGGACUUUUGGAUGGUGGCGCGGAUAUCUUGUUGGUAGAAACCAUUUUUGAUACGUUAAAUGCCAAGGCAGCUAUUUUUGCUAUUGAUUUAGUGUUUGAAGAAGAUCAACGACCCAAGGUACCUAUUUUUAUAUCAGGAACCAUUGUAGAUCAGAGUGGUCGAACCUUGUCUGGUCAAACAGGAGAGGCUUUUGUUACGUCAUUGAAACAUGCAAAGCCUAUGGCCUUUGGUUUGAAUUGUGCUUUGGGUGCGCCGCAGAUGAAGCCAUUUGUGCAAAACAUUAGCCGAUUUACAGACGCUCACAUCAUCUGUUAUCCCAAUGCUGGUUUACCCAAUGCUAUGGGUGAAUAUGAUGAAAGUCCUGACGCAAUGGCUAAAAACAUUGAACCCUUUGCAAAAGAAGGGCUCGUGACAAUCGUUGGUGGAUGCUGUGGAACAACACCAGAUCACAUUAAAGCAAUUGCUGAAGUCUGUAAAAAAUACUCUCCACGUUCAAAGCCAGCAUCAAAGGAGGACGUCAUGUUGCUCUCUGGCCUUGAAGUGCUUCGUGUAGACGAAACCACAGGUUUUGUCAAUGUGGGCGAACGUUGUAACGUUGCUGGUUCUCGCAAAUUUUGCCGUCAUAUCCUCAAGAAUGAGUACGAAGAGGCUCUUGCCAUUGCACGCGCUCAAGUUGAAAAUGGUGCUCAAGUGGUCGAUGUGAAUUUUGAUGAAGGCCUCUUGGACGGUAAGGCAGCCAUGACCAAGUUUUUGAAUAUGCUCGCUUCCGAUCCCGACUGCGCUCGUGUGCCUCUCAUGGUGGACUCUUCCAACUUUGCUGUUAUCGAAGCCGGUCUUCGCUGUGCUCAGGGCAAAUGUAUCGUAAAUUCGAUUUCUUUAAAAGAAGGUGAAGAAGAGUUUAUCAAGAAAGCAAAGAUUAUCAAGCGUUUUGGCGCUGCUGUCGUUGUUAUGGCCUUUGAUGAAGUUGGUCAAGCUGCCGAAGCUGAUAGAAAAGUCGAGAUUUGUACUCGCUCGUAUCGUAUCUUGGUAGACAGGGUGGGAUUUAACCCCUAUGAUAUUAUCUUUGAUCCAAACAUUCUUACUAUCGCUACAGGAAUGGAGGAGCACAAUAACUAUGCAGUAGAGUUUAUCAAAGCAUGUGAGACCAUCAAAAAGACUCUUCCUGGAGCAAAAGUAAGCGGUGGUGUUUCCAAUCUUUCAUUCGCGUUUCGUGGUAUGGACAAGGUUCGUGAAGCCAUGCACUCAGUAUUUCUCUAUCACACGAUCAAAGUGGGCAUGGAUAUGGGAAUUGUUAAUGCUGGAUUUUUGACAGUAUAUGAUGACAUUCCAAAAGAUCUUCUUCAACUUUGUGAGGACGCUGUCUGGAAUCGCGAUCCUGAUGUGACUGAAAAGUUAUUGGAAUAUGCAAAGGCGCAUUCAAAGGACGCAAAAAAAGAUGAGGAUCAGGAAGAAUGGAGAACAUGGCCUGUUACAGAGCGUAUCACACAUGCUUUGGUUAAGGGAAUAAUGAAAUAUAUCGUUGAAGACACUGAAGAGGCCCGUAGCGAUAAAGAAAAAUAUCCUCGUGCACUUAAUGUCAUUGAAGGCCCUCUUAUGGCGGGUAUGAAUGUCGUAGGAGAUCUUUUUGGUAAAGGAAAGAUGUUCUUGCCUCAAGUUAUUCGAUCGGCUCGUGUUAUGAAAAAGGCUGUUGCUCACUUGGUCGAAUACAUUAAGCUUGAAAAGGAAGCUGAUUUAGCAGCAUCUGGAGAAACAGAGGUUAAAGGAAACGGAACCAUCGUGAUGGCAACCGUCAAAGGUGAUGUCCACGAUAUUGGUAAAAACAUUUGUGGUGUUGUGCUUGGUUGUAAUAACUACAAGGUCAUUGAUAUGGGUGUCAUGGUUCCAUGCGAUCAAAUUAUCAAAAAAGCUGUUGAAGAAAAGGCAGAUGUCAUUGGCUUAUCUGGUUUAAUCACGCCCUCUCUUGACGAAAUGGUCAUUGUUGCCAAGGAGUGCGAAAAGGCUGGCCUCAAGAUUCCCAUCCUUAUUGGCGGUGCAACCACAAGUAAGAUGCACACUGCCGUCAAAAUUGCACCUCAGUAUUCCUCACCAGUCAUUUAUGUCUUGGAUGCUUCUCGAAGUGUACCGGUCGUCGCCAGCCUUUUGGAUGAUAAUCUAAAGGAAGACUUUGCUGAUGACAUUCGUGAAGAAUAUACCGAGAUGCGUGAAGAGUAUUAUGAAGGCUUAGAAGAAAGACGAUUGCUUAGCUUAGAAACCGCCAGAGAGAAAAAACUACGAAUCAAUUGGUCUCUUAGUCCCCCACCCAAUAAACCCAGUUUCCUGGGUACUAAAGUAUACAACAAUUAUCCACUAGAAAAACUCGUUGAUCAUAUCGACUGGAAUCCAUUUUUCCAAGUAUUCCAGCUUCGUGGACGAUACCCUAACAGAGGCUUCCCCAAGAUUUUUGAUGAUGAACAUGUUGGUGCUGAAGCUAAAAGACUUUAUGACGAUGCUCAAGAAAUGUUAAAGAUGAUCAUCAGUAAAAAACUUCUCACUGCUACUGGUAUUGUUGGUUUCUAUCCUGCACACGCCGUUGGUGAUGAUAUCGAAAUUUACAAGGACGAGAGCCGUGAAGAGGUAGCUGCUGUAUUUUAUGGUUUAAGACAGCAGGCUGAAAAGGACGUCGAUGAGCCUUAUUACUGUCUCUCAGAUUUCAUUACCCCGAAAGAGACAGGUAUACCUGAUUACCUUGGUAUGUUUGCUGUCAGUGCUGGAUUUGGCUGCGAAAAACUUGUCGAACAAUACGAAAAGGACGGUGAUGACUAUAACAGUAUUAUGGCCAAAGCAUUAGCAGAUCGUCUAGCUGAAGCGUUUGCUGAAGCAAUGCACGAAGAGGUUCGUAAAGUAGAAUGGGGAUAUGCCUCAGAAGAACAUCUGUCAGCCUCUGAAAUGUUUUCAGUACGCUACCAGGGUAUUCGUCCUGCCCCUGGCUAUCCUUCUCAACCUGAUCAUACUGAAAAGAAGACGAUGUGGGAACUGGGAGACAUUGCUGAGCAGACAGGUAUCACUUUGACAGAAUCACUUGCUAUGGACCCACCUGCUAGUGUUAGUGGCUUAAUAUUUGGACAUGAGCAUAGCAAGUAUUUUGCUGUUGGCAAGAUUGACAAGGAUCAGAUUGAAGACUAUGCUGCUCGUAAAAAGAUGGAUGUGCCUAGUGUUGAAAAAUGGUUAGGCACCAUUCUUGCUUAUGACUCUUAAUAUAUUGCUAAUACUUAUUAAUACAUAAAAGACUUUUUUUUAUAUGGAACAGUUACGUAAGCGUAUAGAGUAAUCAUUCGUGAGGAUCAG